UUUUUGUUAGCCUUUCAAAAGAUACCUAAACCUGACCAAACUACUGUAUUUGUUUACAAACUCUGUAUACAUUUUCGGGAGUGUAGCAGAAAGGUUAUAGCUAGUUAAAGGCUGUGGCAAAGAGACACGUUUAUAGUUUACUUUUUUUUAAUUGUGAGCUAGCUUUCCUGAAAUCUAUAGGUUAUGCAUCUCAUAGCUUUGUGUUGAGCCGACAAAGGCUGCAAUCUCUGAUUUUUUCAGUGGUUUCUAGGUACUUGUAAUAAAGUACAGUGUUCAUGAAGGCAAAACACUAUCCAUUGAACCUACCUAGUCCAUUAAGGGCUUUAAAAACCUUAAAAAAGCUCUAAAUGUUACAAGAAGAACGUGAUAUAAUGAUCAAAUGUUUCAAGGGCUAUGCUUAGAUAUUAAGGGAUAAGAAUUAUGACCUUUUUGUUUAAUAAGAUUUUAAAUUAGUCAAGAGGAAGGAAAUCAUCUUCUAUAAAAAAACAAAUUCAAUACAACAUCUCCAAAGGUCAAAGGGAACAACUUAAGAAACCCUGUACUUAAAAAAAAGCUAGACAAAAAAAGAGAUCUGCGCUGUAGCACAGCAAAAUGUAUCUUUAUAAAGGAAGUGGGUCAUGGCUCUCCCUAGUGUUGUUACUUUCACAGGAAUAAGAGAGAGUGUCUACGGAGGAGACUAUCCAAGCUCUACCACAGAAUAUGUAUCCAAUGAAAGCUUGCCAAAUUACUAUGAUGUCUAUGAGGAGGACUUCAUUGGCAACUAUGAAAGGUGUGUGUAUCAACGUCACGGGGCCAGUUUUCUUCCCACCCUCUAUGCAGUUUUUUUCCUCAUGGGCCUUCUGGGCAACUCUCUGGUCAUCUGGGUCAUUACGUGUGGGGUUCGACUCCGCAGCAUGACGGACGUGUGCCUCUUAAACUUGGCUGUAGCUGACCUUCUCUUGGUGUGCACCCUUCCCUUCCUAGCCCACCAAGCCCGGGACAAAUGGCUGUUUGGGGAUGCUAUGUGCAAAGUGGUCCUGGGUACUUAUCAUAUUGUUUUUUACUGUGGGAUUUUUUUCAUCAGUCUAAUGAGCAUCGACCGCUACUUGGCUAUAGUACAUGCUGUUUACGCUAUGAGAGCACGGACAAGGUCCUUUGGAAUGAUCGCAGCAGCAGUUACAUGGGUGGUUGGAUUUAUGGCUUCUUUCCCUGACCUGAUCUUUCUCCAACAACAGCCAGGUACUAAUUCAACUCAGUUCUGCUACCCUGUGUUUCCCAAAGCUGCUUCGAACGACACAACUUCAUCCAACUCUCACUACUGGAGGAUCUUCAGCCUUUUUAAAAUGAACAUGCUGGGUCUAUUUGUCCCAGUUUUCAUCAUGUGUUUCUGCUACUCACAGAUUGUCUGGAGGCUGCUGUACAGCCAGUCAUCCAAGAAACAGGCCAUCCGUUUAGUUGUCAUAGUGGUAGCUGUUUUCUUCAUCUGCUGGGUCCCCUACAACAUUGCUUCCCUCUUCAAAGCAUUGGAGCUAUUGCACAUCUAUUCAGGCUGCCAAAGCAGCAAGGCCAUCACAUUGGCGUUACAAGUCACUGAGGCCAUUGCCUACUCUCACAGCUGCCUUAACCCCAUCCUGUAUGUGUUCGUUGGGGAGAAGUUCAGGAGGCACCUGUUUAGGUUGAUUAACAGGGCUCCCUGCAGACUGUGUAAGAUGGUCAUGGUCUGCAUUCCUCAGGACAGAAUUGGUGGAUCAGUGUACUCGCAGACCAGCAGCACUGCUGUGUGAUUUCUGUUCCUGUUAUGGCUAUCUCUACAAUGAGGACAUGUAGGGCAGAUACAAAACUAUGUCAUUCUCAAAUUCUGUAUUGUAUUUUAAGUUAAUGAAGGGUACGCUUUGAGCUUUGGAGCGGGAGUUAAGUUAGACAGUGAUGUAUUUUUAACAAAACAGUGGAGUGUAUGUGAUUCUGUUUGACACACAAGCCUUAUGGUUUAAGGAUGUUGUCACAUGCAAGCAAAUACCUUAUAUCUUUUUUAAAUGAUGGAAACCUUAGCAAUGCAAGUUUCAUUGCAUAUGCAGCAGCAUAUCUGCACCAAACCUCAACCUAGAGAAAACCACAACUUUAAGAAGAGGAAGUACAAGUUGUCAGUUCCGCACUAGCAUUUUCAGUCCCUGUGCUCAAAAGUACAUUAUCACUGUCACAUUUUUAAAAAAAUCCCUGCAUACAUUUCUACUAAAAAUAUUCAGCAUUUCAGAAAAAACACAUUAUUUUAAAAAUAAGUGUACCGUGUGUUCUGUCAUGCAGACUUAAAAUGAAUACCAUUCAAUCAUUACAGUUCAAGUUGUUCAUUGGACUCAUGGAAAAUACAAGAUAUACAAGUUCCUUCGACCUUUUGAGCUUGUUCCUCACUAUGUAUAUACAUUUUAUGUUAGUAUUCAAUAUGUUUAUUUGUAAAAGUUUCAUUGGUAAAAACACUUUUGGAUGAUGGUAUUUUAGGUGAUUCAUUAUGUGCUAUAAGGUUUGGGUUUUUAUUGUAUCUUCACAGUAAACAUGCUGACAUAAUGUAGACUGAAUGUGCCAAAAUAUGAAUAUAUUUUGGUAAACUUGAUAUGUAUGUAUCAGAUUAUUUCAAAUGAAAUUUUAAUACAUUAUAUCACACAUAUUUGAUAAAUUCCUUUGUUCUCUAA